CGUUCUUGCAAUGUUCACGAAACAGGAAACUUUCGGCCAUUUUUACCGAGACUUUUCUUUCGCGUCUAAUCACGAUGAAGAUCGGUCUUUGCGCGUACAGUGGAUAUAAAAUAUAUCCGGGCCAUGGCAAGACCAUGGUUAAAGUUGAUGGAAAGACCUUCACUUUCCUCAACUCGAAAUGCGAGUCUGCACACUUGAUGAGGCGUAAUCCUAGAAAAGUGACAUGGACCGUCUUAUACAGACGUAAACACAAGAAGGGACAGGAGGAAGAACAGACCAAGAAAAGAACAAGGCGGGCCCAAAAGUUCCAGCGUGCUAUUGUAGGUGCCUCUCUCACAGAUAUCUUGGCCAAACGUAACAUGAAACCAGAAAUUCGUAAAGCUCAGAGAGAACAAGCAAUCAAGGCAGCAAAAGAGCAGAAGAGAGCAGCAAAAGCAACAAAGAAAGCCGUUGCUCCUCCGAAAGCAAAACAAGUAGCUAAACAGAAAGUAGCUAAGGUGACACAAAAAUCUGCACCUCGCGUUGGAGGAAAGCGUUAAAAAGCUGUAACUAUAUAUAAAUAAAAUAAAAUAAUCCUA